AUGACCCGUAAGCGGCAGGCAGUGGUGGUUACAUGGACGAAACCUCCAGCCCAGCGGUACAAAUUAAACACGGAUGCUAGUGUGGUCAACGGGAGGGCUAGUGGAGGUGGGAUACUGCGCGACUCAAAUGGUAGACUUGUCUUCGCUUUCUACAAAGAGUUUGGGGAGAAGGGGGUCCUGCAGGCGGAGGCAGUGGCAGUAUUGGAAGGGUUGCAAGUGUGUGCAGCGAAGGGGAUACGGGAGGUUUUGGUUGAGGUGGACUCUGCAGUUCUAGUGUCGCUAGUCAAAUCGUCGGCUCUGGGAGGCUUGUCGUAUUGUAAUUUGCUGAGAAGGAUUCGUCGACUGCUGGAUCAGGUGUCUGUUUCGUUUAAACACAUCUUCUGUGAAGCAAAUAUGGUUGCAGAUAGGUUAGCUACCCUGUAG